ACAUCACUAGCAGUGAUGGAAGUGAAAAGUUCUUCUGCCUGUUAGAAGUAAGCAGCUGUGUUGUUUUGAAAUUAGACCGUGGAUACAAGUUGGUUGUAGAUUAGGCAAAUUUUAAAAUAAUAUCUACAAUGGCAGGUGGAAUUAUUCCUAAAGAUUUUAUAUCGAAAGCAGAAGAUAUUGCAGAAGAAGUGUAUAAAAAGACACGCAUAUUUUUACCAACAACUGCGAGAGCUUGCCUUAUAUCAACAUUUUUAGAAGAUGGCAUUCGCAUGUGGGUACAGUGGUCAGAGCAAAGGGAAUACAUGGAUAUGUCUUGGGGGUGUGGGAAGUUCUUAGCGACUAUUUUUGUUUUAGUUAAUUUAUUAGGUCAAUUAGGAGGAUGCGUCAUGGUUUUACUACAGAAGAAAGUACCCUAUGCAUGUGGAGUUUUGUUCUUCAUUGUUGUUCUUCAGACGUUUGCCUACAGUAUCUUAUGGGACAUACAGUUUCUGCUACGGAACCUGGCUCUAAUUGGAGCAUUGCUUCUGGUUCUGGCCGAAAGCCAAGUGGAAGCUCGAUCCCUGUUUGCUGGAGUCCCUUCAUUAGGGGACAACAAACAAAAGAACUAUCUACAGCUGACUGGCAGAUGUUUAUUAGCCUUCAUGUUCAUCACUCUAAUCAGAUUUGAGAUUUCAUUUCUGCAGAUUCUUCAAGACAUCCUGGGAGGCAUCCUGAUGGUGCUGGUCACUAUUGGGUACAAGACCAAGCUAAGUGCCCUUAUACUGGUCCUGUUCCUGACCACACUGAAUUUCUAUCACAACUGCUGGUGGCAGAUUCCAGACUACAAGCCGCUCAGAGACUUUCUCAAGUACGACUUUUUCCAGACGCUGUCAGUGAUUGGGGGGCUGUUGAUGAUUGUCCUGUUGGGGCCAGGAGGAGUGUCAAUGGACGAACACAAAAAGAAGUGGUAAUCGGACAAGUCCUACGCACAACACCUGUGAUGAACACGAACGUUAUGGACACAAAAUGCUGCCAUGAUUCCCUUGUUUUAAAUUUCAGUUUUUAUGUUUCUUGUUAAUUUUAGUGUGGAUAUCUUCUACUGGAUUUUUUUAUAAUUUGCUUUAGUGUAUUAUUAAGGUAUUUUUCCUCUACAGUAGCAUUCUUUUCUAUUUUGUUGACUGAUUAUAUUUUUAUAAGAUUAUAAACUAUUUGCUGUAAUGUCCUCAGAGUCUCAAUAUUUUAUGAACUGUUGCUAAAUAUGUAGGUAUAGAGAUAAGAUGAUCCAAUCGAAAUUGAAGUCAUAAUGGUAGUACAAAAUAUAAAAGUAUAUAAUUAAUUCAUCUAUGUUUUAACUAGUGCAACUAUUGUGAAAUGUUUAUUUAAAUUAUUUUGGUUACUUAAAAAAUAUUCAAUACUGUGAUGUUUGUAUAAAGUUCAGGUUUUUGUCUUUCAGUGCACGAAUCCUGUAUUAAAGUUAAUUGAAAGUUGUUUAAUAAACCGUUAUAAUAUUUUGUAUAUGGUGUGUUUGUGGCUUUAUGAUCUUGUGUAUAUCUGAGGGCUGGUUGUAACCAUUUGGAUUGGUUGUCUAAUUUAUGUACAUAAUUUAUUUCAUUAAAUACAUUGUCUUACCUUAAUUUUUUUUGUCCACUAAUAGAUUAUAGUACAAGUAUGAUAAUUGUUAUUUUAUAAUUCCGUGUUAAGACUUAAUAAACGGAUCCCUUUUUCAAA